AUGGAUCCUUCUAAUCCUGAGGAAUCUUCUGAUCAAUCACAGACUAUUUUUAUAGCUUCUACAGAUAGUUCAGCAGAUCCAUCAAAUCCCAAGGACUUUUCUUUGAGUCAGGAAGGAGUUCUCAAAGCGGAUAAUUCAUUCUCAUGUACAGUGUGCGGAAAAAUAUUCACUCAAAAAAAGGCGCUCCGUAAACACCAGAGAUUUCACACGGGUGAGCAUCCCUAUUCGUGUUCAGAGUGCGGGAGAUGUUUCGGCGACAGAGAACAUCUUCUUAUACAUCAGAGAAUUCACGUGGGUGAGCUUCCUUUUUCGUGUCCGGAGUGCGACAAACGUUUCACCAAAAAACAACACCUUCUUAUACACCGGAGAAUUCACACGGGCGAGCGCCCUUUUUCCUGUUCAGACUGCGGAAAAUGUUUCACCCAGAAAGAAUCCCUUCAGAAACACCAGCGAAUUCACACGGGUGAGCGUCCUUUUUCAUGCUUAGAGUGCGGGAAACGGUUUAUUCAAAAAGGACACCUUCUCAAACACCAGAGAAUUCACACAGGCGAUCGUCCCUUUUCAUGUUCAGAGUGCGGGAAAUGUUUCAUCGAGAGAGGGAAACUUCUUAUACACCAAAGAAUUCACACGGGUGAGCGUCCGUUUUCAUGUUCAGAGUGCGGAAAAUCUUUCAUCGAGAACAGAAAACUUCUUGCCCACCAGAGAAGUCACAUGGGCCGGCAUCCGUUUUCCUGUUCAGAGUGCGGGAAGUGUUUCAGUGAGAUGACAGAACUUCUUAUACACCAGAGAAUUCACCUUGGCGAGCUGCCUUAUUCCUGUUCAGCGUGUGGGAAAGGUUUUACUGAAAGAGAAUCGCUUUUUGAACACCAGAGAGUUCACACUACGGAGGGUCCAUUUUCCUGCUCGUGA